UCAAAAUUUGGAAUCAAUAAACAAAGACCCUUGUGCUACAAAAAGAGUCUUCCCUGUUUCAUAUCUCUGAACAACAGUCUUCUCUGCUCUUUGAAUACCCGAAAUGAGCGAGGAGCUGAACCAGGCCGCACGAGUAGGGGAUCUCAAUGCCUUGUAUCGUUUAAUAGGCGAGAAUCCUUUUAUUUUGGAGAAUAUUGACGAGUUACCAUUCGUUGAAACUCCUUUACACAUAGCCGCAGCGACAGGCCAAAUCCUAUUUGCUAUGGAGAUAAUGAGAUUACAGCCUUCAUUUGCUACAAAGCCAAACAAGGACGGGUUUUGUCCCUUGCACCUUGCUUUGCAAAAUGGGCAUAACCAAAUGGUGAGUCGGUUCGUUCAAAUUAACAGUGACUUGGUGCGUGUCAAAGGGAGAGAAGGUAUGACCCCUUUGCACUAUGUUUCAGAAACUGAAAAUCUUGAUCUGCUAGCAGAGUUUCUUUCAGUUUGUCCCAAGUCCGUCGAAGAUUUAACAAUUCGAAACGAGACUGCUUUACAUAUAGCAGUGAAGAACAGCAGGUUUGAAGCUCUUAAAGUCCAAUUGGGUUGGCUAAAGAGGGACUACAUCCAUCGCCUUCUGGAUCCUACCUCCAAGACGGAGGUCUUGAACUGGAUGGAUGAAGGAGGCAACACCGUUUUACAUCACGCAGUAUCUCUUACCCAAGCUCAGGUGCAGCUAGUGAAAUUCUUAAUUGAUGGUGGAGUCGACAUAAAUGCCAAAAAUUUUGGGGGUUUGACCGCAUUCGACGUGUCCCCAGAUACCGAAAUCAGGACAGAGGUAUGGCGUGCCGGAGGUUUACCCGCCUCAUUGCUUCCUAAAUAUACUACACUUGCAGAGGAGUUGAGGUCCAAAAUUUCACUGUUUAAAAGGGUGGCCAUUUCUAUGAGAGGUCGAGAUAGGCGCAUAUCAAAUAAGACUCGCAGUACAUUGAUCGCAGUGGCCGCAUUAGUUGCAGCAGCAAGCUAUCAAGCCUUGGUUAACCCUCCGGCUGGAAUUUGCCAACACAGUAAUGAGCACAGUACCAGUAAUAAAUCUGCUGUGAACAGCAACACCAGUAGCACAACAGCUCAUGACAUUACAUCAAUUUGGAAAAAAUUCAUGAGGAAUGCAAAUGAAGCUGAGAUUUUCUUCAUAUCUCUCACUCUAGCAUUUGGAACAUCAAUUACUGUGAUUUUCGUUUUGCUCCUUCCUGAUAUAACGAUGGCCUCCGAACUUCUGCUUGCAUCUUUGCUUUUCUUAAUUGCUACCCCUGCAACAAUAUUUAAAAAAUUACCUUGUGUGGAUGAAUCAUAUUUUCUGGGUUUUAUUUUGGGAAGUGCUCUAUUGGCUUCUUUGCCACUUCCUCUGCGGCGGUUGAAAAGGAUGGUCAAGGGCUUCAUGCUCAAGCGCAGAGACUUACCAGCUUUGUUUCCAUAAUGACGACCACCACGAUAACCACG